UAUAUAAUAUUUAGUUCACUUAGGAGUGAAUAAAUAUUUCAGACUAAACCCAAAGUAAAAUAUUCUGUUCUAAAGUGCGCUUCUGAGUGAUGGGAAUAAAAUCAGAGACUCGGUCUCCCUCUAGUGGCCAAGCAAGCGUUAAUCGAAUAUUACAGAAUUCAUUUCAUAACACAGCAAAACUUUUUUUGUUUGUUUUUUUUUUUUGUGGAAAUGCUAAAUCAACAGUUGCGUGUAAAAGUUUGCAUUCACCAUGAUGAAAAUUUAAACGUGCCUUUAUUUUACAAUUUAUUACAAAUAAUAGAAUUCCAAACGAUGACAUGUUAGUCAGUAAGAGCUUUUAUCCUGACACUUUGUCUCCCUCUAGCGGCCAACAAGCGCUGCGUGUUAUUUCACACGGAGAAAACCUGACCUGCACGGACUUCAUCAAACAUUAUGUACUCUAAAAUUUUAUCCUUGUUUCCUCUUUGAGUUUGUUCAACAUUUUGAGUUUGUUUGUUUAUUUUAUGUAAUGAUUCAUUACAUCUUGGUGGUAAAAUGUUACAGCAGUUGUGGGAUCUUUUAGAAUUUUAGGUUGUAUUAGUAAGACGAAAAUCAGUUAAACAAUCUAAUAUAUUAUACAUUUAUGAGACAAUAUCUAAUCUAAAAUUGGUGUCCAACAAAAAAAUAUAUAAAUUACGAGUACUUUAAAAGUAAAAGCGUACAACAUAGCAACGGAGAUUUUUUUUACUUCCGGGUUCAUCCCGACGUAUUACGUUGCUAGGUACAGUGUUGCCAGGGUGCGCUGUUUCAAUCCCCGUCAUUUAAAUACGUGCUGGAAGUUAUUUAAUGUUGUGAAAAUAGUAAUUAAUUAAACAUAUUGAAUCCAUGUUGAAUCAUUUAUGAUUACAUCUAUAGUUGAUAGAAAUAUCACCAGACACGAAUAGUACAGAAAAUUAUUCAUUUCUAAUAAGCAUAUCUGGCAACCCCGAGGAAAAACACCCCAAACAAAUCUUAAUAGCAGGUCCGCGCGCCUGCCAAAACAACCUCCAUUCAUGAAUACCGAGGUGACCGUGUUGUAUUUUGCAAAAAGUGCCGAAUUAACCGGAGUGAAAUCGGAGAUAAUCAGAGUGAACUCAGAGCUAACGAGCCUUCAGCUGUGGCAGGAACUGGAGCACAAACACCCAAAACUCUCGGCCGUGCGUGAGCAGGUGGUUUUGGCCGUGAGGAGAGAGUACGUGUCUGUGGGCGAGCAGGUUGUGCGUCUGCGGCACGGAGACGAGGUGGCCGUGAUCCCGCCGCUCAGCGGAGGCUAAACGCACGUCACAG